UUCACGUCCUAUCGGUUUUGCGGUUUUCGCGCUCAAAAUGGUUGUACAUUAUUGCAACUCAGAUGGCGAAUUCCAAUCAACUCUGGCCACUGCCGGCACAAAACCCGUCAUUGUUGACUUUUUUGCAAUUUGGUGCGGACCAUGUCAACGAAUAGCCCCAGUAUUUGACCAGCUUUCCAACAAAUAUCUGAAUGUUGUCUUUGUAAAAGUGGACGUCGAUAAAGCAAAAGAUCUGGCAACACAGCAAGGCAUCACUGCAAUGCCGACGUUU